AUGUCUCCAGCUGCGGUUCCCCCAUCACCUCAAGAGAUCCAACGAAAGUUAUCAGUCCAUUCAGUUUCGAGACCUAAACCUGCGCUAGGCCAUGUAUCGGGAACGGAAUCAGACUCGGAUUCAAUCCAGACGCCAGACAUCCUAAGCGGUACUCUGGCUCAUGGUGGAUUCCCUCAUCUUGGCAACCCCUCUCAACAACCACCUUUGUCGUCAAUUGCGGAAAGGAGAUCAGCCAGUGGCGAGGAUACGGACGAGGAAGAUGCAGUCGAGGGUGGAUGGAGGACUCCAGAUCUAAGACGACCACGAAAUUCCAUCGACGAGAGUGUCCUCAAGUCCGGGUACCUUUGGAAGAAGGGCGAACGACGUAAGACGUGGAAAAAGCGGUGGUUCGUCCUCCGGCCAGCGCAUCUCGCGUAUUACAAGAGCAACGCGGAAUAUCAAACCCUCAAGUUGUUGGACCUUUCCGACAUUCAUUCAUGCACACCUGUCAACCUGAAGCGCCACGAUAAUGCGUUCAGCCUUAUUUCCCCCAACCGAACCUUCUAUUUCCAAGCCGACAGUCCAGAAGAUGUCCGGUCAUGGGUCGCAGCGAUCGAAGGUGCUCGACAAACACUGAUGGCAACCUCGACUCAAAACUCUGCUUCUACUCCCAUACCUAUCGCUCGUUCGUCACAGGCCCACGGAGGAGGGGCUGGAACUGGAGGAAAGGUGCUCACCAUAUCCUCGUCCCCCGGUCAUUUACACCCUAUCACCUCCUCCGAUUCUGAAGAUGGUGGGGCUGGGGGAACAACCACCGGUCAACGCGGUUAUCACUCUGGUUCUGCUCCUUCACCUACUGCCAUCAACUUUUUAACUCCAUCGAAACCUUCGACUUCGACUACUGCAAACCCGUCGAAAGUGAUUGUUUCUGGUUAUCUCAUGAAGUGCGGGUCCAAACGCCGCAACUGGCGUAAGCGCUGGUUUGUCCUUACCGGCGAGAAGCUGGUGUAUUCAGGAAGUCACAUGGAUCCCAAACCGCACAGAACCUUCCCGUUCAGCGAAAUCCUGGAUGCGUUAGAAUAUGAAUUGCCGGCGAACCGGCAUCCCCAUGCACAUUCGGCGACCACGUCUUCACCACCGAGUUCCUCGGCUGUUCCUGAAGUGGACGAGGCGUCCGGAUCCCACACCUUCAAGAUCGUCACCACCAAACGUACGCUUUUGCUUUGUGCUCCCAGUGAGGAGGACGAGAUCAAGUGGUUAGGGGCAAUCAGAGCAUUGAUUGCUCGCCGAUCAGAUUCUGGCGUAGUCCCCGGGGAGUUGAGCAAGUUGGCGAUAAGCUCGGGACACCACCAACAUGAAGGGAGCGGUGGGAGUGGAACUGCGACGCAUGGGCUGUCGAGUCCCAUACCGCCUGCGAAAAGCAAAAGCCGUCGAAUGAGUUUUGGUACUACUAGCCUAGGGGGUGGAGGAGGGUCAACGUCGGUUGCUGAGGGAGUUGAGGUAUCGAGAAGUUGA